ACCAAUUCUACAUCAUCCAAGGAUCGAGUCACGAGCCAACGACGACUGUCUCUCACGCAACUCGCUCGACCCAGAAUCAAUAAUAACUACUACCAACAUGGCCGACGCUGCUGCUCUUAAAGCCCAAGCCAACGCUGCUUUCUCCGCCAAGGACUUUGCCAAAGCCUCUGACCUGUAUUCGCAGGCCAUCGAGGUUGAUGGAAGCAACCAUGUCCUCUACUCGAACCGAUCUGCUAGCAAGGCCUCGCUGAAAGAUUUUGCUGGUGCUUUGGAGGAUGCUGAGAAGUGCAUCGAGCUGAACGACGGGUUCGUCAAGGGUUACGCCAGGAAAGGAGCUGCACUGCACGGACUCGGACGAUACGAGGACGCCGUCUUCGCCUACGACCAGGGGCUUGAAAAGGAGCCCACAAACACCGCUUUGAAGUCGGGACUCGAAUCAGUCAAAAAGGCAAUGGACUCGAACAGCCCCUUCGGAGCCGGCGAGAACCCCAUGGCGAGCAUGUUUUCCGACCCCAACCUCAUUGGAAAACUCGCCAGCAACCCCAGGACCAGCAAGUUCAUGGCCGACCCGUCCUUUGUUCAAAAGAUCAGGGACCUCCAGAGUGGCAAAGCAAACGCAGACAUGGCCAACAUCCUUCAGGAUCAAAGGAUGCUCGCCGUUCUCGGAGUCGCCAUGGGCGUCGACAUGCAAUCCUUUGAGCGCCCUGAAGGAUCGAAUGAGAUGCCGGAGGGACUCAAGAAGGAGCUGAACGAGGACACCGACAUGCCCGAUGCGCGACCAUCCGCAUCCGCUAGCUCUUCGAGCUCGGCUCCCCGCAGAUCGGCCACCGUGGAAGACGAGCCUGAGCCAUCAAAACCUUCCGCUAGCAAGCCCGCAGCUUCUAAGCCCCAGCCUAAAGCACCGGAACCCGCUGCUGAGCCCAUGGAUGUCGAGCCGACCGAGGACGACUUGAAGAAGAAGAAGGCUGCCGAACUCAAGGCGGAGGGUACCGCUGCUUACAAGUCGAGAGACUUUGACUCUGCCGUCAAGGCGUUCCAGUCUGCGUGGGAUGAGUCCCCUUCAGAUAUUACCUUCUUGACCAACCUAGCGGCCGUUUACUUUGAGCAGGGAGAAUACGAAAAGUGUAUCGAGGCUUGCAACAAGGCCGUCGAGGAAGGCCGAUCCCUUCGAGCCGAUUACAAGGUCAUUGCCAAGGCCAUGGCCCGUAUCGGAUCGGCAUACGAGAAGCAAGGGAACCUCGAGCUAGCCGUCAAGAACUACGGAAAGGCUUUGACCGAACACAGGACUCCCGAAACCUUGACAAAACUGCAUAAUGCGGAAAAGGCCAAGGCCGAUGCCGAGAAGCAGGCUUACAUCAACCCCGAAUUGGCGGAGCAGGCCCGAGAGGCCGGUAACGUGCAGUUCAAGGCAGGCCAGUUCGCCGACGCCGUCAAGUCCUACACUGAAGCCAUCAAGCGACUGCCCUCUGACCCGCGUGGAUACAACAACCGAGCCGCCGCUUACAACAAGUUGGCCGCCCUCCCGGAAGCCCUGAAGGAUGCUGAGGAGGCCGUUAAGAUCGACCCCUCAUUCGUCAAGGCCUACCUUCGUCAAUCUACCGUUUUGCUCGGCAUGAAGGAGCCCACCAAGGCCAUGGAGGCUUGUCAAGCCGCCACGGAAGCCGACAGCGAGAAGAAGCACACUCGCGAGAUCGAGGCACAAAUGAUGAAGUGUGCCAACGAUACAUACCAGCAACGUCAGGGCGAGACCGAUGAGCAAGCACUGGAGCGAGCCAUGCGAGAUCCCGAGGUCGCCAAGAUUAUGAACGACCCGGUCAUGCAAUCGAUUCUGCAACAGAGUCAGAGCGACCCCAAGGCUCUGCAGGAUCACAUGAAGAACCCCAUGAUCAAAGCUAAGAUUCAAAAGCUUAUCGCCGCCGGAAUCAUCCGAACCAGGUAAACUUGUACAUCAUAUUCUACGCAUAUUUUAUUGUCUCAAUGCGACGGCAUG